GAUCAGCAUCUCGUGUUUGCUGCCUGCUUCUUGGCACUUCAGCAUCUCUCCAGUGGGAUGCCCACGGCUUCUCAACACCACCUUGCGACAGAUCCUGGUGAUAGGAGUUCUUGCUGCGGCUGUCUCUGUGCUUUACUACUCCCUGGUGGUCAUCCGCAAUAAGUAUGGGCGUGCACACAGGGACAAAAGAUUCCACAGAUAUCUCGCCCGAGUGACUGACACUGAAGCUACAGAUACCAACAACCCCAACCUGAACUAUGGAAUCGUUGUGGACUGUGGCAGCAGUGGCUCCAGGAUUUUUGUGUAUUGCUGGCCAAGGCACAAUGGGAAUCCACACGAUCUGUUGGACAUCAAACAGAUGAGGGACAAAACCAGAAAACCAGUGGUUAUGAAAAUUAAACCAGGCAUCUCGGAGUUUGCCAGCUCUCCUGAAAAGGUCAGUGAUUACAUUUCUCCACUUCUGAGCUUUGCUGCCCAACACGUGCCACGUGCAAAGCACAAAGAGACUCCUCUUUAUAUUCUGUGUACUGCAGGAAUGAGGAUUCUGCCAGAAAGCCAGCAGAAGGCAAUACUUGAAGAUCUGCUCACUGAUAUUCCUGUGCACUUUGAUUUCCUGUUCUCGGACUCGCAUGCAGAGGUUAUUUCAGGGAAGCAGGAAGGAGUAUAUGCAUGGAUUGGCAUCAACUUUGUCCUUGGAAGAUUUGAACAUACAGAUGAUGAGGAUGAGGCCAUUGUGGAGGUGCAUGUCCCGGGCAGUGAGAACCAAGAGGCCAUCUUCCGCAAGAGGACAGUGGGUGUCCUUGACAUGGGGGGAGUGUCGACCCAGAUAGCGUACGAAGUCCCUAAAACUGAGGAAGUAGCCAAAAACCUACUUGCAGAAUUCAACUUGGGCUGCGAUGCUCAUCAAACUGAGCACGUGUACAGAGUCUACGUCGCAACAUUCCUUGGCUUUGGGGGAAAUGCAGCACGCCAGAGAUAUGAAGACAAUCUAUUUACCAGUACAGUGCUUAAAAACAGACUGCUGGGCAAGCAGACUGGCCUGACUUCUGACUCGCCUUACCUGGAUCCUUGCCUGCCCCUGGAUGCUCAGGAUGAGAUCCAGCAGAGCGGACAGACCAUGUAUUUGCGGGGAACAGGAGACUUCAACCUGUGCCGUGAGAUGAUCCAGCCCUUCAUGAAUAAGACUAAUGAAACACAGACCUCUCUCAAUGGUGUCUAUCAGCCUGCUGUGCACUUCCAGAACAGUGAGUUCUAUGGUUUCUCAGAGUUCUACUACUGCACCGAGGACGUGUUGCGUAUGGGAGGAGAUUACAAUGCUGCUAAAUUCACUAAAGCUGCAAAGGAUUAUUGUGCCACUAAGUGGUCUGUCCUCCGGGAGCGUUUUGACCGUGGUCUUUAUGCAUCACAUGCUGAUCUUCACAGAUUGAAGUACCAGUGUUUCAAGUCUGCCUGGAUGUAUGAAGUGUUUCACAGUGGCUUCUCUUUUCCUGUGAGUUACAGCAAUUUGAAAACAGCUCUGCAGGUUUAUGAUAAAGAAGUGCAGUGGACCUUGGGAGCCAUUCUUUACCGAACACGGUUUUUACCUUUAAGAGACAUCCAGCAAGAAAACUUCCGUGGAAAUCACUCCCACUGGAGGAGCUUCUCCUUUGUUCACAAUCACUAUUUGUUCUUUGUGUGUUUCCUGAUCGUGCUGCUCUCCAUCCUGCUCUACCUGCUGAGGCUCAGGCGCAUCCACCGGCGGAUGCUGCGCAACGCCUCCUCUACUUCCCUAUGGAUGGAGGAAGGCCUCCCGCCACAGAAGAUUGCAGGAGCCAUAUGAAAUGCUGUGAUGGAGAGAGCUUUCCUUGGACUUGCAACACAAAAAGCCAUUUUUGCCUCAGGGUUC